UAGCGAACUAAUUCACUCUUCGUCUGGGCUCUUCUUGGGGCCGCUUCUCCCUCUCACGCCGACGGAUGGUGAUGGAGGGAACGAAGGCAGAGGUGGGGAGUUUGGAAUCGUCGCUCCUGCGAAUCGUUCAGGAGCACCAACAGAGAUCCAUCCGGAUCCGAGAUCAAACAGAUAAAGCAAAGAGGGAUGCUUUAAGAUCUGCAACACAUGUUUCUGGACUUCUGGUUGACACAGUCAAUGGAGGAGUUGAAGAAUCCUUCAUCAAUGAGAAGCGUAUUGAACUUGAAAUACGAGCAUUAGUUAGUACUGUCAUGCGCUAUAAGAAGCAAACAAAUCAAUGGCUGGCCGCUUCCCAUGCAUUGAAUACUAUUUUAAAGGAGAUUGGAGACUUUGAGAACUGGAUGAAGAUCAUGGACUUUGAUUGUAAAAGCAUCAAUGCUGCAAUUUGCAACAUUCAUCAGACAUAAGUGCAUGCACCAGACCACAAGGGUCAUUACAUUUGCCCAGUCAGUCUUGUGAAUCCCCUUGGAGUAUGUCAUUAUGAAUUUUGAUUUUUUGAAAUCAUUCUCAGCCAAUUUUUCAUCAGUUACAGCCAUUACUACAAUUGGUGCUUCUGCAAUUUCCUUUUUUCUGUGUAAAAUUGCCAUCAUUUGGAUGUAUCAACAAUCGUAACAGCCAUGCUGAUUCUUUAUAUGCAUAGCCUGUAUAGAAAUUGUGAUCCUGCAUGUAUUUGUUGUAGCGAACUGUUAUCAUUCCUGCUUGCCAAGUAAAGAGAUGUAAGCUGAUGGUAUUCCGAGUGAAAUGUAAGCUGAUGGAUUUAGCUCUCUUCCAGUGCCUCCGCAACAUCUAUUAAUGGAGGCAAGCUAAAAGUCGAAGGGCUUAAAUUAUUCAGUCAAUUAGGGUAUCAUGAUGGUUGUGUCAUGAAAAUGAUCUUUCUGUAGGAACCAAGCUUAGUAUUUACUUGGUUGAUGUACCAUCAACAUUUUGAUCAUAUUGUCUGAAACAGACAUGCUACUGUUCUUUUCUUUGAUGUACUCUAGUAAUUGUAUAACUUACCGGUCGGAUUUGGCAGACCCACUUAUAAAUUUAGUUGAUAUUAUUGUAAAUUA